UCCAAGGGUGGAGCGGCCCGGUGGGGCGGGAGGGUGAUGGUCGGGGACCGGGAACGGGCACGGGCCGCGGGAAGGGGCGCCCCGGGGCCGGGCCGCAGGAGAGGCCUGAGGCCUCCAGAGGGGCCGGGGCGGUCCCUGAGGGGCCGUCACCCCCCCGGGGCCACCGGGUCCCGCCGCCUGAGGCUCCGCUGCGGCUCCCGCCGAGGAGGGGGAGGCCGCCUUCUUCCCCGCAGGGCAUGAGCGGAGGCACCGGAGCCUCGGAGCGGCCUGAGGAGCGGCACCGUUUACCCCCGCCCGGCAAGUCCCUCCCCAUCUCGGCUCUGAGGCAAAAUGGUCUCCUGCAGGCUCUCGUGCGGGAAGUGGGGCAGCCUGCGGGCGCCGCAGAGAUCAGCGAGGAGCUGCGUCGAGCCCAGGAAGAAUGGGAGGCUGUGGAAGAGAUACAGUCAGAAGAAAGUCCGGGCAACAGCACGCAGGCAAGGCCUGGCUGCUCUGGUUCGCUUCCUCUUCGGCCCUCCCCGGCUCCAGCCGCAGCUGCAGGGAGAGCGGGAGCUGGCUCUGGCCAUAGCGCAGUGUGAGUGUCCCUUCCACCCCAACGCGAGCUGCUGGCCCGGCCGACAUCACCUUUAUCGUGGUUUGGAUGAUAAUGAGAGAGUGCACAUGAGAAUCCUGCAGACCAUUUACAAGAAGCUAACCCGCUCCAGGUUGGGCUGCCCGCGCUAUGGGGCGCACUGGGAAGAGCUCGGCUUUCAAGGUGCGGAUCCCGGGACUGACCUGCGAGGGACGGGGAUGCUGGGCUUGAUGCAGAUGCUGUACUUCGUCAUGGACUCUCAGACACUGCCUCUGGCUCAAGAGAUUUUCAAGCUAUCCCAGCAUGAAACCCAGAAUUUCCCCUUCUGCAUCAUGUCUGUGAACAUCACCCGCAUCAUCAUCCAGGCCCUGAGGGAGGAACAUCUCUCCAGGGAAUGCAACCGCAGGCAGCAAGUCAUCGCCGUGCUGAACGACCUGUAUGCGGCGGCCUUUCUGCAGCUCUACCGCGUCUGGAAAUGGCAGCACAAGACCGUUGUCGACUCCGGCUUCCUCCUGAAGGAGCUGGAGUUAUCCACCAAAAAGAAACCAAAGCAGCUCCUGAAAUCCCUGGAGGCCUACGUGAACCGAAGCCCCACGGCAGACGGCCUUCAGCAACCAUGCUCUCCCUCUGCCGGCAGCGGCAGCCAGCCCGGCGAGGAGAUCCACUUCAUGGGCGUUUGUGACCUGCAGGUUGAGCUGGAAGGCGAAGCCCGACUGAUCUGAAACGGAGGGAGAUGCGCUGCAGGGAGCCCUGCUCGUGGCUCAGCUCUCGCUGGAUGCCUGGCCGCCGUCGCUUCUGGUUAGGGGGGAGCUCAGGAAGGGCCAUGUGGGUCGAGGUGGUAGACACAGAGCGAUGGGAGGUGGCCGCUGCCCUGAGAAGCGCAGCGAGAGAAGGGUCUGGGACCGAGCUGAGGGCAGUUGGGAGCCUGGGAUGCCAUUGAGGGUAGAUUUUUGCCCUAAACCCCCAGAAAGGGUGGCCCGGUCCUUCCCCCUCUUGCCCCGUAAGCGUCCCGGCUGCAGUGUCAGCAUUGCUCGGUGCUGUGGGAGUGAGCCGCAGGAUUUGACCCUCUCCAGGCAGAAAUCUCCUGAAGCAAAGGAGGAAAACGUGGCAGAGUGAGUGGAUUUCGUGAGCCACUAGCCUGGGGACUGGGAUAGUCUGUUUGCCUGUCUCAAAUCCGUGCUCCUGUCUGUCUUUACCCCCAGCAGGAAAGUCUUGUGAUGUUCCAGGCAGAGCUGGAGCAUGGUGACAGGGCUCCUGAAUCAAAUCACGGCUCUGACAGCACCUGGGAGGGUUUAAAACCCCCUGGCUUCGGGCCACAGCACCUUAAUUUUGCAUUGAUGGCGUUGUAAGAGCACAAGCACAGCCCUGUUGCUGGGGCAUUGGGGGCAGUUCGUCCCCCAAGGUUUGGUGACCCCCCCCUGAAGUCCCCUGGGACGUUACUGUGUGUGUCAGCACCUAAAGAAGUUACUAAAAGGAGGGAAAAAAAUGCUUUUCUUGGUGUAACAGACUUUUGGACUUGGAUUUGCUUCUGGUCUUUGUGGCUGGGUGAGGGGAGAGGGCUUCUUCUGGCAGGGGGCUGCUCCAGAGAGUGGGGAGGGGUGAAGCGGGGUCAGCCUGGCGCCGAGGAGCCAAAUUUGGGGUUCAGCAGCGGAAAAGCUGCUCUGGAGUAGAGAAACCAGGGUCAGAUUCUGUCCCAAGGUGAGACGAAGCCAAGAGCAGGAAGAAAAGUCCCUCCUCGUCUGCAGGGGCAGCUGCUUGCUUUGAGGAAAACCUUGUUGAAGAGGAGGCAAGACUUUUGCUCGGGGCUUCCCAGAGGCUGGGGUGUGGUUUCCCAACACGCUCCCUCCUUUCCCAGCCCUCCAUGCCUCAGUUUCCCCCUUUAGGAAAUCCAAUUUACAGCCCCGUCCCACCCCGGGAGCAGCAAGGGGAUGAGCCGGGAGCAGUAAGGGCCGCUCCGUGCCUGACGUGAGCCCUCAGCAGGUGCUUAGAAAUGCUUGAAAAGCAUCUUCAGCCCUCAAAAGAAGGCGGGGGGAAUAAAAGCCCCCAAAGCCCAGAUCUGGAGGUAAAAGAUGUGUUUGAACAAGAGAAGCGAGGAGCUGGUGGGAUAAGAGUGCGGCACGGUGCUGAACGGCCCCUGGCAGCUGCCUGGUGCCGUUACCUCUCUGAAAAGGCAGUGGCCUUCCCCGUGGGGCUGGAAAAUGCUUUCCCUGGCCAAAAAUAAUAAAAAAACCCAAAACCAAUAAAUGGGCAAAACCGAA